AACGAAGGUGCGUGGGUAUAAAUAGGGCACGCCUGGCACAGGGUUUAUUCGCCUCUCCGGUGUUCAACAUCGCUGGCGAAGCAUGGCAGGUCACUCGAUGCUGGCCCUUCUGUGGCUCAGCCAGUUUUACGUGUUCGCGUUGGUUGGUGAAGCGUCUGUGAUGGAUGACCUGUACACGACCAUUGAACCUUCAACCGGAAUCUACGACGAUUUCGACCAUGGAGAUGGCACCACUAUAUGCAGCGUGUGGGGAACCAGCCACCUUCUCACAUUCGACCAUGCUUCCAUGGACCUGCCGCUGUCCUCAUGUGCUCUGAACCUGGUGUCCAUCACCGAUUCCCCGUCAUUGUCCUUGAGCUUCCAGAGAAGCGCUUUGGACAGAAUGAGUGUGGAGAAUGUGGUGGUGACCAUGGAGGGCAUAUCCUUGUCCCUGACGAGAGAGGGCCAAAGCAUUAGCGGCCAGAGGGUGCAGCUGCCAUACAAAGACCACAGCAUCCAGAUUGAGAUGGUGGGAUCCUAUAUCAAGUGCUCCUCCAUCAUGGGCUUCUCUCUGCUGUGGGACCAGAACAAUGCCAUCACGGUUAAACUUGACCCCAAAUUCAACACCAAAACUACCGGGCUGUGUGGAGAUUUUAACGGCAUUGCAGAUGAUUUCUAUUUGAAUGGUGUUCUGCGUUCAGAGAGUGAUUACACGCUGAUGAAUAAGCUAAACAGCUUGGAAAUGUGUUCCCAAGAGCCGCAGGAAACUAACUCAUAUUUGUCAAGCGAAUACUGUCUGAACAAGACACAACACAUUGAGCACCUAUUUGAAGACGAGCUUCUUUCCUGCGUCAGUGUCAUGGACCAUCAACUGAAGUCCUUGCUGGUUAAUAUUUUGUGGUCGGACAUUUGCCGUUUGGACUGCAACGGCACUGCUGGGCUCUACCCUUGUGAUGGUUGUGCGACGAUUGCCGAGUUUUCUCGACGAUGCACGCAGGCUAAUGAAUCGCCGGGCACGUGGCGUUCUCCAGAAUUCUGCGGUGUGACGUGCCCGAGAGGUCAGGUGCACAGGGAGUGUGGAUCGGUGUGCAAAGACACCUGCUCAAACCCCUCCGCCUCUGUCAACUGCCCAAGCACCUGUGUGGAUGGCUGCUUCUGCCCUGAAGGGACGGUGUGGGACGAUGUGAGUGGGUCGGGCUGCAUCCCUCAAAGCAAUUGUGGGUGCAACCAACUGGGCCAAUCCUAUGCCAGUGGAGAAUCGCUCAUCACAGGCUGCAAAAACUGCACUUGCGAGCAGGGUCAGUGGAAUUGCGACAGCCGGCCCUGCUAUGGGACGUGCAAGAUCCUGGGCGGCUCCUAUUUCUCGACCUUCGACAGCAAGACGUACAGAUUCCACGGGGACUGCUUCUACACCCUCACAACGGACUGCGCUGGCAACAAGUUCUCCGUACUGGGAGAGUUAACCAAGUGCGAGGGGCGAGAUUCUAAGACGUGUCUGAAUAGUGUUAUCUUCUACAUCGAUGGCAUAAGAACGGUUGUGUUCAAGGCAUCAGGGGAUGUCCUCGUGCAUGAGAAUAAGGUGCCUCUUCCAUUCGUGUCGGCAUCCGUGACCAUCGUGCAAGAGUCGUCCUUCUACCUCCGUGCGGAAACAAACUUUGGCUUGCGCCUGCGAGUUCAGCUAAAGCCCCUGAUGCAGCUGUACAUUACCGCGGCCACCGCGUAUCACAACAAAACGUGUGGGCUGUGCGGAAAUUUCAACGAAGUAACCGGUGACGACUUCACGCAUUCCGGCAUCGUGGACGCGACAGCGGCGACCUUCUGUAACGUGUGGAAGGCUCAGGCGACGUGCCCGGACCGCGAAGAGGUCACCAUGGACCCGUGCUCGGUGUACAUCACCAACAAUGAAUACGCCAAAGCACAUUGUGGCCUUCUGAUGGAUAACGACGGUCCAUUCUCUACCUGCCACAGUGUGGUUUCUGCAGAUGAAUAUUACACGCGCUGCAAGUACGAUACGUGCAGCUGCUCAUAUCCAGAGCCGUGCCUGUGCGCUGCACUCUCGGCAUAUGCGUACGCUUGCUCUGCUCAUGGUGUCGUCCUCGUCGGCUGGAGGAGCGACAUCUGCAGCCUCGACGCCGAGAACUGCCCCGUCAGCCACGAGUUCAGCUACGCGGCGCCCGAGUGUGGCUCCGCGUCGUGCCGCACGUCCCGCGAAGUGUGUCGGGGGGUUCGCCCCCCGCCGUUCGAGCUGCCAUCCCCUUCCCCCGUGGAGGGCUGCGUGUGCGGCGCGGGGCUGUACGACGACGAGCACGGCGUGUGUGUGCUCAAGAGCGAUUGCCCCUGCUACUCGGAGAUGAGCGGGGACCUGAUCCGGGCAGGGGUGACCGUUGAUCUGCACGACACGCAGUGUCUGUGCACGGGUGGGGAACUUCACUGCUUUGGACUUUCCCCCAUAUCUGGGAACACAUGUGAAGGCCUGAUGACUUACCACAACUGCAGUGACGGAUCGAGUGAAGGCAGUGCUGCUUGUCAAAGAACCUGUGCUAAUCCACAUUCAAUAUGCUAUAGCCCGGGCUGCGUCUCGGGCUGCGUGUGCCCCGGUGGGUUGAUUGUGGAUCACAACGGCAACUGCGUGAGUGAGGAGCAAUGCACCUGCGAGCACAACGGGCGGCACUACGACCCCGGAGACACCAUUACUCAGCUGUGCAACAAAUGCACGUGCAUGAACGCACGAUGGAGCUGCACGUCCGAGGUCUGCCAGGGCCUGUGCUUCGUGUAUGGAGAGGGCCACCACACGACCUUCGACGGGAAGCAGUAUGUCUUCGACGGGUCCUGCCAGUACAUCCUGAGCCAGGAUUCCUGUGGAAACAGCAGUGGCUCAUUCCGAAUCACCACUGAGAAUGAGCCAUGUGGAACCACAGGCACCACCUGCUCCAAGAAAGUUCACUUUUACGCCGGGGCUGACGAGCUGGUGUUGACGGACGGCACCGUAAAGGGGAGUUCGCUGGAUUUUCCGGGGUCGCCAUUCCACGUACGCCGCAUGGGCAUCUACACUGUGGUGGAGACGUCGCUCGGGGUCACGAUCAUCUGGGAUGGUCACACGGCCGUGUCCGUCCACGUGAACCCACAGCUCAAGGGCCGCGUGUGUGGCCUUUGCGGAGACUACGACGGCAAGGUGGCCAACGAUUUUGUGACGCGCACGGGCUCGGUGGCAGCGAGCGCUCCCGAGUUCGCCGCUGGCUGGAAGGAGUCCGGCUCUGGGUGCCCUGACCUUUCGCGAGUGUCUGACCCGUGCACCAUAAACCACCAUCGUGAGAGCUGGGCACACAAGCAGUGCUCCGUACUCAAGGAUGGGGUGUUCAAGCAGUGUCACAACAUGGUCGAGUACCUGCCCUACUACGCUGCGUGCGUGCGCGACUCUUGCGGUUGUGACACUGGCGGCGACUGCCACUGCCUGUGCACGGCGUUAGCAUCGUACGCACAAGCGUGCGGCUCGGCGGGCGUGUGCCUGCGCUGGAGGACACCGGACCUGUGCCCGCUUGGCUGUGACUUGUACAACAAGGAUGAGGGUCAGUGCGAGUGGCAUUACCGGGAGUGUGGCCGGGGCUGCCAGCGCUCCUGCACCAACAGGAAUGCCAUCUGUACCGCUAACCUGCCCCCGCUGGAAGGUGAAGCCACUUCUUGGGUUCCCGUGAAACCACAUUUAUUGAUCGCAGAUGCCUCUCCUCAUGUGGACGGUUUGGCAUGUGCCAUGUUUUAGAUAAAACCCUUCAGUACUUCCGCAUUUCCACGAGCCACAUAACUCAAGCGCGAAUUCGAGUUGCCGUCCCGGCGGCGCGUUUCUGGAUUUUUUUUUGUCAAUUCAAAUUGGCCACCAAUUUGGGCUGCCACCCAAAUAUUGCGGGUGGGUCUUGCUUCACAGGCUGGCUUGCAUUCCCUAUGUUAGAAUUCAAAUGGAGAAGAAAGAUAUAACCAAGUAUGUUAUAUUAACAGAAACAUUUAAUCUAUUUUAAAUUUUACAUUAAUUAAUUUGUCAUCAACGUGGUUUUGACCUUUGACUCGCAAUUAUAUCUGGGAAAGUCUUACUCAGAAGCAUGUCUAGGAAAGACUUGCUUAGCUCACGUGGUAACUCAAGUAACUUGGAAAGUCAUGGAAAUUCAAUUUUUAAAAAGUUAAACUUUAGUUAUCUUUCAUAUUGUGGCCUGCACAGAAGUAAAAAAAUAUCAUUGAGUUGGCUGUCCCAUGGAAAUACAUAUUCGCGUUCCUCUGACAUUGUGAGCAUAAUGUGGGGCAAAAAAACGUUUUUAUAUGUCAGAACAUAGUAAAUUGACUAUUUAAAAAAUAUUCAAUCCAAAAAUCGGUGGAAAUCAAUUUUCAACUA